GGUACGAGUGGAAUAUUACGUUAACGAAAAUACAUUCAAAGAACGUUUACAAAUAUAUUUCAUUAAAAACCAACGCUCAAGUCUUCGUAUUCGUAUCGCAAAUUUAUUUUUCAAACUACUAACAUGUGUUUUAUAUAUCGUCCGCGUCGUACUCGAUCAAGAUCCCACGUCCGCAACUUGUUAUGGAUGCAAAAUGGGAAACAAAACCGAAUUUCUAUGGAGCCGAAAUUUGACGGACGAGGCGUUCCAGGCGAGACCCAUUAUCAAUUGGGAUGCGAUCCAAUGGGUAAAACGACCGUUGGAGCUGUGGGUGAUACAAUGCGGACUGGCGGUUUUCGCCUUAUGCGAAUCACUACUUCUCACGUACAUCGGUUACAAG